AUGCCUGAGAACAUUUAUGAUGAUGUGAACCACAUUAUGGAGCUUCACGGUUCCGAGCAGGCGUAUGUGAAUAUUUUUGCAAAUGCCGAAGCCCUUAAAUAUCACAAUACCAACUCCGAAAGGGAGAACAGCACCCCGACGAGGAAUCCGCAAAUUAAACAAACAGGAAACAACUCUACCUGGAAAAGAUGUUACACAGUGACUGCAGUGUGUGUGGGGAUGCUGUGUGUUCUCCUGCUGAUCGGCAUAAUAGUGCUGUCAGUCAUACUGAGGAACCAGACAAUAGAGAAAUACCAGUUACAGAUCAGAUACGACAACCAGACAAUAGAGAAAUACCAGUUACAGAAACAGAAAGAUUCAUUGCAGAUGAAAUUGACCAGUUUGGGAUGGACUUUGUUUCAGUCCAAAUUUUACUAUAUCUCAACCCAGAUGAAGAACUGGACUGAGAGCAAAGAGGACUGCAGAAAAAGAGGAGUAGACCUGGUGAUCAUAAACAGCAAAGAGGAACAGACUUUUGUGGAAGCGCUCAAAAAGAACCGUGGAAAUUAUAUUGGGCUGAGUGACCAAGAAAAAGAAGGCACUUAUAAAUGGGUGGAUGGAACUCCACUGACCACUUCGUACUGGUCAAGUGGAAAUGGCUUUACAGGUUUGGAUGACUGUGUUGUUAGUGGGUAUGGUGGAAGUAUCGGAUGGUAUGACAGACCUUGCAACGAAUUGUACUACUGGGUCUGUGAAUAAAUUUCUCAGAUAGUAACAUUACACUGUCAUUACUUACAAUUACACAUAUAGCAACUGUAACCAAAUUAUAUAAUCAAUAACAACUACAUAAUCUCCUUCGAUUAACGAAAAAUCCAGUCAGAUCCAGUUCAGAAUGAAUUUAUAUGUGAAAAACAGACAUUAUGAUUAAAUGUAUGGGUCAAAUGUAACAUUUAAAUGGAAUAAAAUUUAUUUGAAUGAAAUAAAAUAUAAUAUAUACUGAAUAUUUUAACUAAAUAAUGACCAGCACCCAAUGAAGAUUUUAUAAUAUAGAGUUGAGUCCAUAUUCUCUCAACAUACAGAAAAUUACAGAAAUAAAUCAAAUAUUUUGGCCUUCAUAAUUCAGACACUAACUUAAAAAAAAUCACUCUGAAAACUUUACCACUGGUUAUAUUUCUAAUGUAAUUCUAAUGUAUGUUUUUUUUGUUUGUUUGUUUUUUGUGUGUUUGCAUUCAGUGUGCUGAAUAAAUCUAAACUCAUAUGUAGGUUUAAAUGUAUGUUGGGGAAUUUCACAGCAAAAUACAGUGUAUACACAGUACAAAACAUCCUUUUUCAAUUCGCACAUGUGCCGAUGGUGAAUGGUUUUAUUUACAUACUCGUGAAUAACAUAAUAAAAAUAAGUGGUGAUUAUUUGC